GGGGUUUCAAUAAAGCUCGAUUCGGCUCGAAGAAGACCUGCUCUUCCGGGAAAAUGGCGACUCCCGCUCGUGCCCCGGAGUCCCCGCCGGCCGCGGAUCCGGCGCUAGCCGCGGGGGCUGCUGAGGAAUCCGAGUGCCCGCCGCCUCGCCAGCCUCAGCCCCCGCAGAAUGUCCUCGCUGGCCCGCGGCUUCGAGCCCCAAGCUCCCGAGGACUUGGGGCGGCGGAGUUUGGCGGAGCUGCGGGAAAUGUUGAAGCGCCAGGAGAGACUUUUGCGCAACGAAAAAUUCAUUUGCAAAUUGCCCGACAAAGGUAAAAAGAUCUUAGACUCCGUUGCCAAACUGAAAGCUGCCAUUGCAGAACAUGAAGAAGUUAGAGGAAGAACUGAACUGUUUCAUCCUGUUAGUUUAGACCGUAAGCUAAGGCAAAGAGCAAUUGCAGUUGUUGAUGUAGACACAGAUAAGGCCCAGAAUUCUGACCAGAUCCUUGAUACUCCAGUUUGUGGCUGUUCCUCUGUAAGUAACGUCAAGUCGUCUGAAACAACCUCACAACAUCCUACUCCCAAAGGCGAUGAAGGGGCUCCGGAGGUUGGGGACACUUUGAGCAAGUGCCUGGCUCCCAGCAGCAGAGCCAGUGCGCCUUCUUCUUCUGAAGCUGGUGAGCGUCUCCCUCAGCAUCGUGUUUCAGGUCAAGCAGAAGAUCAUUCACGUAGCUCCAACAGCCUGUUUAUUGAUAGGUUACAAAGGCUCACACUGGCGGACCCAGGUGAACAGCGUUCAGAAGAGAACAGAAGUGCCGAGAACUUGGCAGGGCUUUGUCAUGGGGCCCAGAAGAAGCCUCAUUACAUGGAAGUGCUAGAAGUCCGAGCCAAGAACCCAGUGUCCCCACCACAUAAAUUUAAAACUAAUGUAUUACCUUCACAACGAAAUGAUUUAUCUAGUCAUUGGCAGAGAACAGGGUCUCCCAUUUCCUCGGAAGAAAGGCGGCUCAGGGAUAAGAAGCAUCUUGAUGACAUCACAGCAGCCCGGCUCCUGCCGCUUCACCAUCUGCCCACACAGCUGCUCUCCAUAGAAGAAUCUGUGGCACUUCAGAAACAGCAGAAGCAGAGUUACGAGGAGAUGCAAGCCAAGCUUGCGGCACAAAAAUUAGCUGAAAGACUGAAUAUCAAGAUGCAGAGCUAUAAUCCUGAAGGGGAGAUGUUGAGGAAGUACCGAGAAGUAAGGGAUGAAGAUGAUGAUCCAUCCUCUGGUGAGGAGUUCUGAAGACGGCCGUUGGGAUAAUGCCUGAGCCUCUGCCUGCCGAGAUGCCAUGAUCACAUCAGACUUCCUAACGAGUGUCAAGAUCAGUGCCAGACAGUGUUGAGGGAAGGAAUUUUAUAAAGUUAUACAAAGGUAGUUAUAAAAAUAGCCCAGUUUGUCUUUCAGGAGAGGACUUUCAUGUGCUUAAGAAGUUUAAUAUUUGAAUAUUGUGUUUAACCAUAUUGUAUUAAAGUUCUGCAGAAUGUUG